AUGGAGCUCAUAGAGCCUACCCCGUUACGAGAAGUGCUAGUUGUGUUGCCUGGUGUGAAUGGCCUCUCCAUCGAGCAGAGGAAAAGGCUGACGAUUGCAAUGGAGCUCGUAGCCAACCCAUCCAUCAUAUUCAUGGAUGAGCCUACCUCCGGCCUUGAUGCCAGGGCAGCUGCUAUACUGUUUCUUCUGAAAAGAGGCGGAGAAGAGAUCUAUUUCGGCCCACUAGGCCAGCAUUCCUCACACCUAAUCAACUACUUUGAGGGCAUUAACAGAGUUCCGCAAAUUAAAGACGGAUACAGUCUGGUGACUUGGAUGUCGGAGGUGAUGACAGCUGCUCUAGAAAAAAUCCUCGGGGUUAACUUCACUGAAGUUUACAGGAGUUCAGAACUCUUUAGGAGAAACAAACCUCUCAUCGAUGAACUAAGUACGCCUCCACCGGGUUCGAAAGAUCUCCAUUUUCCUACGCAAUAUUCACAAUCGUUCCUCACCCAGUUUAUGGCUUGCCUAUGGAAACAACACUGGUCAUAUGAGCGCAACCAGGCAUACACAGCCGAGAGUUUUCUAUUUAAAACUUUCAUCGCCCUGAUGUUCAGCACAAUAUUUUGGAACCUCGGCUCCGAAAGGAGAAAGCAGCAAGAUCUCUUCAAUGCCAUGGGCUCAAUAUACGCGGCUGUCCUUUUAUUGGAUUUCAGAAUAUGA